AUGGGAGCUGAAUCGGGUCUGCCCUUUAAUUCUGCCAUUCGAUGUUACAAGAACGAUACGCUGCAUACGCCAGAGACCCCAGAUGUCAUUCCGGGAAUGGUGACGGUUGCCAUGCCAGUUCCCAGUCAAGUAUCUGUGCAAGAUGAAAUCCAACUACCCUCCCAAGAAGCUGUGCAUCAAUCUGCGAUGCGAUAUUUCGAAGAGGUACAUUCCAUUUAUUGGCUUUACUCCUCCGAGAAGUUCUACAGCAAAUUAGAGGAGACAUAUCGCAUGCCACAUCAGAAAUUGACCGCGUCAUGGAGCUGCUCUCUCUAUUCAAUUCUAGCUAUUGCAAAUAAUGGGUCUCCCUACCCUGACGGUCCACAGUACAAUGCUUCCCCAAAUGAGUAUUUGUUGUGCGCAAAGUCUCUCAUACUUAGUGUAUGCGAUGAGGGGAGCCUGGAUAGUGUUAAAGCUAUGAUUCUAUUGGCUACGGCUAUGCAGUCGCACGGCUUUUCCAACGCAGCAUACCUCUACUCGGGACUCGCUGUGCAAAUAGCGUGCUCUAUGGGGCUGCACUGUGAUAAAUACUGCAUUUCUUAUGGUGGUGUCGAGAAAGAGCACGCACGACGCACCUGGUGGGCUCUAUUUAUGUUUGAUCAAGAUUUAUCACUGCGGCUAGGGAGGCCAAGCGCGAUUGAAGACUCAUCUAACCCACCUUUACCAUCGGAACGGGCAAGUCGAACGCACCUUUACCAUUUUUUUUCGCAUCCAACGUGUCUUCUAACCUACAUCUUGCAGAUCCUACCGUCUGGCCCAUACAGUCCCCCUUCCUACUUGGCCUCCUAUGUUACUCUUUGUAAAUUGGCAAGAAAUGUCCGCAGCGAACUUUACAAGAGUCCCACCCUACUGGGCCAACAACUGAAAAUGAAGAUUGUUGAUGGGGUUAUGACUGCAUUGCAGGAUUGGGCUGAUACUCUUCCACCCCAUUUGAAUUUCUCGGCCCCGGCUGCGCCUUUCUUUCGAAGACCGAUCGCAGCGCUUCACUUGAAGUACCAUAGUAUCCAGCUUCUCAUAUGUCGACCCUUUCUGUUCUACAGUCUCCUGUGUCGCAAACAGUCACCAGGAAGCGCGAAGCUACAGGGCGCUGAGAAGUUCAGCGCCAUCUGUCUGGAUUCUUCGGAAAGAAUGCUAGGCAUUCUACAGACAAUGGUCGCAGAUGGCCUGCACUCGAGACAAAUUGCCUUGGAUUUUUAUUAUGCCUUGGAUAUUCUACAGGUCUUUCUUUCUGAGUUUGCUGUCACAAAAGCCGAAAAGCAGCUCGAAAGUAUACGGCAGUCUAUGAAAGUGCUGCAAUCAAUAGGGAGUGCAGGCUGUGGCGAGAAAAUGAUUUCUGAGGUACAUUUCCAGCUAAUGGAAUGGGGCGUGCUAUCCAAUUCCUCCAAUACUCUGGAUUCCUUGCAGGGUCUCGAUACAUUGUUCCCUGCACUCCACUCUGUCUCCGACUUUUACGAUCUAGGUAUUUCGAUCGACGAUGCCCCAAACGCCAUGUUUCCUGAUAUCGACACAUCCACGGACUUGGUAGGAGAAGCGAUGAUGCGGGAUAUUCUGCAGGGUCCUGUACAAUAG